CCCUUACAAACAUGAAAGAACUAUGGUGGCACCCAUGGAUGUCAGACAUCAUCACCAACUUUGUGGAAGAAUGUGACACAUGCAACAAACACAAUAACAAAAAACCAUUCAAGGCCCCAGCAGGAAAAUUCCCUGUGCCUACAGCCCCCUUUCAAGACAUCACCAUAGAUUUCACAGAUAUGGGGCCAGAGAACAGAGUAGGGGGAAAAAGGUAUCUCCUUGUAAUGGUAGACAGAUUCACAAAAUGGGUUGAAGCAAUACCAAGUAAAGAUGAAACAGCACAGACAGUUGUAAAAUGGCUGAAAAAUGAACUAGUACCCAGAUAUGGCGUACCACGCACAAUAAGAUCAGACAAUGGAUCUCAUUUUGCUAACAAACAUCUACAGAAAGUAGAAGAGGCAUUAGGGAUCAUACACAGAUAUGGGUCAGUUUAUCAUCCACAAUCACAGGGAUUAGUGGAGAGGGCCAACCAGACACUGAAAAGAAAAAUCGCUAAAGCAUGUGAAGGUACAAAACUAACAUGGGUAGAAGCACUGCCUUUAGCUCUUAUGUCCAUGCGCAGUUCCCCAGGAUCCGACACACACUUAUCUCCUCAUGAGUUACUGACUGGAAGAAAAAUGCCAGGCCCACCCAGGGAGGGAGGUCAUAUGCCAUCCCUGGAUGUGUGUAAACAAGAAUAUGAUGACUACAUGAAAGCAUUGACCAGUCUUACUUCAGUUUUAUCUGAACAGGUCGCCAGAGCACAGACCCCGGGAGAAGAGGAGCCCCGGAGCAGUGUCAAGGUAGGUGACUGGGUGUGA